AUGAAGUUGAGCUCGAAAACCUUAUUCUUCAUUUGGGCUAUGAUACUCCUAAUGGCUCUUGUGGCCACUUCUUUAGCAACAAAAGUUGAAAAAGAAUCUCGUGUUGAUGACGAUGAGGUGUUAGUUAAGGAAGAGAAGACGUUAAUAUCUCUUAGAGGUAUUAGCCGGUUUCUUAGCCAAAAAGAUUGGCGUCCACCGAUGACAUGCAACAAGUACCCUAGGGUUUGUCGUACAAAGGGAAGCCCGGGGCCAGAUUGCUGCAAAAAGAAGUGCGUGAAUGUGAAGAUAGACAAGGUGAAUUGUGGAAAAUGUGGAAAGAAAUGUAAGUACAUGGAAGUUUGUUGUAAAGGGAAAUGCAUUCAGCCAUUGAAGGACAAAAACAAUUGUGGUAAGUGCGGCAACAAGUGCAAGAAAGGGACUAAGUGUGCCUAUGGAAUGUGCCAUUAUGGCCAUUAA